AUGGGACAGACUGUCACUACCCCCUUGAGCCUCACGCUUGCCUAUUCCCUUUACCCUGUUCUCCUACGAAAGGAUCCCCCUAAGACCCCUGUCCUUCCCCCUGACCCCAAUACACCUCUUACUGACCUCCUGACAGAGGACCCACCGCCAUACCCGGGGAAUCGGGGACCAGGGGAACAGGCGGCCCCCGCAGCGGCACCAGAACCGCCGGCGCCCCCCGCACUUCCUCUACAGGGACAGCGGGAGGAUGAGGCUCCGGCUCCCUCCCCAAUUGCCGGUCGCCUCCGAGGAAAGUGCAACAAACCAGCCAAAGAAUCCAGAGCCUCCCCCCUCCGAGAGGGCCCCAAUCACCAGCUCCAAUACUGGCCAUUUUCAGCCUCUGAUCUUUACAACUGGAAGCAGCAUAAUCCUCCUUUCUCUAAGGAUCCUGUUGCCUUGACUAACCUGAUUGAGUCCAUUUUAAUGACCCACCAGCCUACGUGGGAGGAUUGUCAGCAGUUAUUGCAGACCCUCCUGAUGGUGGAGGAGAAGCAGCGAGUCUUCUUGGAAGCUCGGAAGCAGGUUCCUGGAGACGAUGGAAGACCCACCCAAUUGUCUAAUAUCAUUGAUGCAGCCUUUCCCCUCACCCGCCCGAACUGGGACUUCACGACCCCAGAAGGUAGGGAGCACCUACGUCUUUAUCGCCAGUUGCUCUUAGCGGGUCUCCGGGGGGCUACUAGAUGCCCUACCAAUUUGGCUCAGGUUAGAAAUAUGAUUCAGGGAAAGGAUGAGACACCGGCAGCAUUCUUAGAAAGACUCAGAGAAGCCUAUAGGAUGUAUACCCCGUAUGAUCCAGAAGAUCCAGGACAGGCACCAGGCAUCAUCUUGUCUUUCAUCUAUCAGUCAAGUCCAGAUAUAAGGGCCAAAUUACAGAGACUAGAGAGAUUGCAUUCGUUCAGUUUGUCAGAUUUAUUGAAAGAAGCAGAGAAAGUGUUUAAUAAAAGAGAAACUCCCGAAGAGCGGGAGGAGAGGAUGUGA